AUGUAUCGGAAGUUGUCUAAGUUAGAACACUCGGAAAUAAAACAACUUCUUACAGAAGCUAACAUAGAUGUUGCAAAACAUUACGCGACAAACAAAAAAGCACUCGCUGACAUCCUCAAUGACUAUAAUGGUGCAAUAAGUUAUGAUAGAAUUCAUGAGUUCAUAAAGCCGCAACGCGGCGAGGACGAAGUCCAUGCAAGAACUUUUCCUUUAAAUGACGUUGCUAUUGACUUAUAUCAUAGACGUUCAGUACCUCAUGAAGUAAGAAGAGAAAUGUUUGACAUAACAAAUGCAAACGUUGGUGAAACAAGAAGAAGAGACGACACACUGAAACAACAGAGAAGAGAGAUGUUUAAAAGUGCUAUAGAACAAGUUCGCAAAGCUAACGAUGUCAUUCGUUCCAUUGACGACAAACCAAAAGAAGGUGAGAGAUGGUUAAAGAAAGAUGAAGAGAAUAG